AUGGCCAAACACGAGAAAGACCCCGAACUCCUCGCCAUCGCACGCGACCUGAACGGUGUAACAUGGUCUGAAGAUUACGAGAAGAUGAUAUCUGGCAUGAUGUACGUUCUAUGCCUCCUUUCGCCAACACAAUCAAUAAUGAAAACACUUGCUGCUUGA